AUGAUUUUGUUUUCUUUGAUUACAUUAGCAAGAAUGGAUAAUUCUGGCAGUCCUAUUAUAGGUAUUGACCUUGGAACUACCUAUUCUUGUGUUGGAAUCUUUCAAAACGGAAAAGUUGAUAUAAUUGCAAAUGAAGCAGGAUCGAGGACAACAGCAUCUGUUGUUGGAUUUAAGCAACAUGAGAAGUUAGUAGGCGAAGCUGCUAAGUUCCAGAUGGCAGAUAACCCUAAAAACACAAUUUUCGCAAUUAAAAGACUUAUGGGACUUAGAUUUUCUGAUGAUGAAACACAAAAUGAGAUAAAGCGUCUUCCAUACAGAGUAAUUAAUCAGGACAAUAGGCCAUUUGUCGAAGUAGAUUACAUGAAUCAAAAGAAAGUUUACGCGCCAGAAGAAAUCUCUGCUUUUAUUUUAACGAAAAUGAAACAAAUUGCAGAAGAAUAUCUCGGCAAGCCUGUUAAAAAGGCAGUUAUUACAGUUCCUGCAUAUUUCAAAGAUGCUCAACGUAAAGCAACACGAGAUGCUGGCCAAAUAGCAGGCCUUCAAGUUCUAAGAAUCCUAAACGAGCCAACAGCUGCAUCUUUAGCUUACGGACUUCAUAAAGAAGGUUCCAGAAAAAUUUUGGUUUUUGACCUCGGUGGAGGUACAUUUGAUGUUUCAUGUCUCGCAGUUGAAGAUGGAGUCUUCGAAGUCUUAGCAACAGGCGGAAAUACUCAUCUUGGCGGUGAAGAUUUUGAUGAUCGAACAAUUGAAUAUUUAAGACAAUGCUGGAUAAAGAAACAUAGAAAGGAUCCAAAGAAAGAUCCAAAAGCCAUGGGUAAACUCAAACGCGAAGCUGAAAAUGCAAAGAUUGCUCUUUCUACAAAUUUGAAUGUUAAAAUUGAAAUCGAAAAGUUCAUGGAUGGUAAAGAUUUCGAAGAAACUCUUACUAGAGCAAGAUUCGAAGAUAUUAAUUCUGAUUUAUUUAAGAAAUGCUUAGAACCAGUUAGCCAAGUCCUUAAUGAUGCAGAACUUACUAAAUCCGAAAUAGACGAAAUCGUUUUGGUCGGUGGAUCAACAAGAAUUCCGAAAAUUCAACAAUUAGUCAAAGAUUUCUUUAACGGAAAAGAGCCAUGCAAAUCUGUUAAUCCAGAUGAAGCUGUAGCUUACGGAGCAGCUGUACAAGGUGCUAUUCUUGCAGAAGCCGAACAGGUUGAAGGAAUUAUUAUUUUGAACGUCAAUCCAUUGACAUUAGGCAUCCAAACGCAAGGCGGUGUCAUGACGCCAUUAAUUCCUCGUAAUUCCAGAGUUCCAACCAGUAAAUCCAAGAUUUUUACCACUGCAUCUGAUAAUCAAGAAACAGUAAGGAUCCAAGUCUUCGAAGGUGAAAGAACAUUGACCAGAGAUUGCCAUGAGCUGGGUUCAUUCGAUCUCACAGGCAUAAAACCAGCAAAAAGAGGAACUCCUCAAAUUGAAGUCACAUUUGAGAUCGAUGCAAACGGAAUGUUGUUUGUUACGGCCGAAGAUAAGCAUAGCAAGACAAAGGAGACCAUUACAAUCAACGCAGUCGAAUCUAGAUUGAGUGAAUCUCAAAGAGAUGAAAUGAUCAAAAGAGCUCAAGAAGAAAAAGAAAAUGAUGAAAGGAAGAAGAUGGGAAUAGACGCAAGGAAUAGAUUAAAUGCUUAUUUGGCAACAAUUAAAUCAAGAUUAGAAGAAGAAAAAGAAAGUUUGUCAAUGAAAGUGAAAAGUGAAGUGAAGAGUAUAUUAGACGAGACAAAUAAAUGGUUGGACCAACAUUUAGAGGAUGAAAAAGAAGUUUUCAAUGAAAAAUUCAGUGAUAUCAGCGAUGAAAUCAAGAAAUUGCUACCGCAAGAUGAAACACUACAGGAAGAUACUCCAGAAGAAGAGCUUUAA